AUGUGCCAGACUCUUGACAAGAAAUCAACCAUAAAUUUAUUCAAAGGCUAUGCCUCACAUGACUUACUUCCUCGCCAAGAUAUAAUUGAAGCGACCUCGGAGGUUCUUCUCCCCGAGAAACGUGAAUAUGACGAUAAAGAGGAGGACAGGCAUCCGCUUGUUUACGGAUCAGACAGUGGCAGUCUGUGGGUCCGCGCUUGCAUAGCUGAUUUUUCCAACAAAGCCUUCAAGCUGCCGACACACAGUACCGCUGGGACGCGGCCCGAGCACUUGAACCUGACUUCCGGCGCAAGCUACGGGAUAAUGAAUAUCUUACUUCAAACGACUUUGCCACACACAGGUUAUACAAAGCAGGCGUUUAUAGUAACGCCAACCUAUUUCCUUGUUAACAAGGCCUUUCUCGACGCCGGCUUCACGGGAAAGAUCACCGCAGUGGAAGAAAAAGGCGACGGCCUUGACCUGGCGUUUUUGGAAGCCAAACUUGAGUCAUUUGAAAAUACAACUAGUGUCAAGGACGUACAAGAAAUCGAGGAAUCGCUCAGAAUGAUAGACGCACAAGAAGGUAAAAAAAAGAUCUUCAAAUAUGUCAUCUACCUUGUUCCAACAUAUUCCAACCCAACGGGUGCAAUCUAUUCGAGAAGCUGUCGAUUAAAACUCCUUGAACUUGCUCGAAAGUACGACAUUCUAAUCAUUUCAGAUGACGUCUAUGAUCUAUUAAGGUUGGACAAUGAUGUUAUUAGCGGUGCACUUUCUCCAGGUCCCCCCGAACUGCGGUUUCCUCACCUCGAUAGACAAAGCAUUUCUGCAGCAAACAUGUUUGGUAACACAGUGUCCAACUGCACCUUUUCAAAGAUAAUAGCCCCGGGUCUAAGAACAGGGUAUCAAGAGACAGCAAACGCUAAUUUAGCUACCCAACUAGCUUCCGGCGGCGCAAAUAGAUCUGGGGGGACUCCGUGUCAACUGAACUCGAUGAUUGUCGCCACUAUGAUAAAAAAUGGAGCUGUCGAGCGGAUAAUUAACGAUUUCGUUAGUGCGCUAAGAGAGAGAGCGAGAGUUCUUGCUGAAUCGAUCAAAACAUACCUUCCUGAGGGGACGCAGUACUCGGAAUGCAGGGGCGGGUAUUUUUCGUGGUGCACGCUUCCUGUUGGUUACGAUUCCUCGAAGAUCGUUGAGGAACUAAGACUCAAGGGUGUUUUGCUAGCAGACGGCUUGCACUUUGAAGUCACUGGUGACAAAAAAAAUUGGGGUGAGCGCAGCGUGAGGCUUUCUAUAAGUUAUGCGACAGCAGCUGAAAUCCAAGAAGCUGUCAAAAGAUGGGGUCAAGUGUGCGAAAGGUAUAGACCUUCCAACAGCAAGGGAAGCUUGGAAAGGAGUUGUUCACAAAAAAACCUGCGCUGCCCCCCUCCAUUGAAUGCGAAAAUCUAG